AACCAAACCCAAACCACAUUUUUUUUUGCCAUCAAUGAAGACACGCUUUCAAAUUCAACAACAAUCCUCUUUCUCUCUUGUAUAUAUAUAUAUCCAACAACACAUGAUCUCACUCAAUAUCUCACUUUUUACAAUCAUACCCUUCACUUUCCCAAAUCUCUCAUUUUCCUCCCACCACUUUUAUUUUCCAGAAAUCAAAUCAAUCACCAUGGGAGAUGUUGCUGUUCUCCAUCCUCCUCGUGAUAUCUUCUCCACUAACAACAACCUUCCUCUUCCUCACCGUCACAUAAAACCGUUAACAAAUCGCCGUCGCCGGAGUCCGCCACGUCACCAAUCCCCGAUCUCUCCUCCUCUCAACCGCGGCGAAGAUAUCAAACCAGAUCUGAAACAUAACCGUCAGAUCGGUACAAAUCCGGUUAAGAUUCCGACUCCGGUCAGAGCUCCGGCUUUGUUUUACGCUGGUCCAGUCACAUCGACAUCUCCGCCGCCUAGUGAAGUACCUUUACCAGCGUUCUUCGCUAAGAAAAGCGUCUCAAGCGAUGCAAUUGCAACAAACGAUCUCAUCAGAAUCCUCCGUUUAGAUAUUGCUUGAUCCAUUUCUUCCUCCGAUUCCGCCGUCGUUAACUCCAUUUCUCUUCUCCGAUCAUCGGAAUUUAGAACUUUUUUUUUCGAAUUCCUUCUCUUAUUUUUUCAAGGGGAAAGAUCGAAAAAAAAAUAUCUUCUUAGGGACUUAGUGUAGUAAUAGUAAUAAUGUGAAUAAGCUUUUUUCUCAUUUGGUUUGUUUAAGUGUGACUCUUUAGGCUAGUGGUAUCAAUGUUAUUAUCUUUCUAAGUAUUUUUUUUUUUUUUCAAUCUUAUUGUUAAAUCAAAUUUGCUCUUUAAUCUUUGGAUACUUUUUUUAUCUUUGAUGAUCUUCAUUUGAAUCUUCAUA